UAAUCACUUUAUUUGCCUGGAUUAUCUGGAAACCAAUAGUCCAUAUACAGAUAUUUGCAAACCAGCUGCUUCUUCAGGGGUUUUUACAUAAAUAACCUCCCCAGGCAAGGUCCCCCCCCCCCUUUGGUAGUUUGGGAUUUUGAAAGCUAUUCAGGUACUUAAGCUGUUGUUUCCUAUUGCAUUCAUUUAGGAUCCUUUAUAGAACAUUAGGCUACUAAGGUGUUAACCUGGCAAUAAGGAACAUUUGUUCAAUCGGUAGUUCAGAGCAGAACAGAACCUGGGAAAAAAUCAAUACAGAGACUGGUCAAAAGAGUCGUCUAAGUGAGCAGCUGGGUAGCUCAGUGGAUUGAGAGCCAGGCCUAUAGAUGGGAGGUCCUGGGUUCCAAUCCAGCCUCAGACACUUCCCAGCUGUGUGACCCUGGGCAAGUCACUUAACCCCCAUUGCCUAGCCCUUACCGCUCUUCUGCCUUGGAACCAAUGCACAGUAUUGAUUUCAAGAUGGAAGGAGAGCGUUUAAAAAAAAAAGAAAAGGAAAGGAAAGGAAAAAAGUCUUCUAAGGUUCUCUCCUGCUAGAAGCUUCUUGUCUUUAGGAGAGAAAGGUGGGGGAACUGGGAGAGAGUCGUCCUAGCUCGGGUGUCUUCCUGGAUCUGCAGGUCCCUGCACGAUCAGGGCCAGUGGGCUUGGCAUUGGGCAAUGCCAGAGCAGCCUCCGAGAGGUAUUUUUAGCCCCUAUAAAAGCUCGAUGUCGUUUUGGCUGUUGCUGCUGUCAUGACCAUCUCGGUUUGGGGAUCGCGUGUCCCUCCCGGGGCUGAGCCCGGGAAGGCUGGGCUGGUGUCACAAAGGUUUCCUGUGUGUCAGCAAAUUUCGUUUCGCCUGUGACUGUUCCUUAAGACUUGAGUAAUCAAGAACGAGCUAUCUGCAGGAACAGGCGCCGGAGCCCGGGCCGCCCAAUCAUCUGGGGGGGGCGGGGGGGGGCAGUCACUCAACCAGCAGUCUUCUCCUUCGCUCCCUCAGGCCCCCACCUCCUCCCUGGGGCCCCCACCCCUGGCUGCAGAGCUCCAGGAAGGGUGCUCCGAGGGGGCUGAGAGGAACCGCCCCCUCCGGCAACCGUCUCGGGCGGCUAGCUUCCUGGCUCAGUUCUUGCUUGAGUGGCGGAGAGGAGGGAAAGCCAGGAGGCUGGGCUGGGGCUCGGCGUGGAGGGAGGGCGGUUGGGAGGGAGGGAAGGAGGCCGAGAAGAAGGGAGGGAAGGAGAGAAGGAGGCACGCCCCUUAAUUCCCGGAGGAGAGCAAGCGAGGGCUCCUGGGCGAACUCUGGCCCCGGGGCUCCUCCUAACUCCACCCCCUGCUUGCUUGCUAGCUCACUCAAUCACUGGCGGUCCUCGUUCUUCAGCUGUCUUCCAAGCUCCUGCCCUUGCCCUGUGUCCGCUGCCCUCUGCCCAGCGACCCCGGCUCUGCUUCCGUGGGAAGAACGCCUGGGACUGGGCGCUGCCGCUGAGGGGGACCCAGCGAAAGGAAAGGCCAGGCAGCACUCGGACUCCCCAGCCCCGGCUGCCAAGGGAGAUGGGGGCAGGGGCCCCAGGCCCCCCAGCAGCCGCGGUCGCAGCCACAGCCGCACAGUCGGGUCCCAGGUAGCCGGGAGAAGAGCGCAGAAGGAAAGUUGAGCUCUGCAGAAGGAGGAGGCGCAGCCGGCGAAGAAGCCAGAGUCGGAGCCGGAGCCGAAGAGGGGGACUGAUUGCUGGUGGGGGAGCCGGAGCCCGGGCGGGCCGGACAGUCGGAGCUGAGCCGCGCGGAAACAGGGGCAAGCAGGCAGCUAGAUUCGCAGCAGGAGCCGGCCUGGGCAGCUCCCCGGUGGCGCGCCCUUGAGGCCCCGGGGAGCGGCCGCCACAGACCAGCCAACGCCUGGCAUUCCGUCCGCUGGGACCGGCAGGUUGGCAAGUCUGGGGGUUAGGGGGUAGAGGUGCGCCUGGGCGAUCGGAAGCAGCUGGCCCUCUGCCGAGAAGCGGGCGAAGGACUACGGGGAGGGCGAGCCCGAUGGGAAGGCGCGGCUGCGCAUCUGGAGAGCCCGGCGCUGCCCGCCAGGGCGAGCGUGCCCCCUUGGCCCCCUUCCUCUUCCUGCUGCCGCUUGGCUGCCCCGCGCCCGAUCUGCCUCUGGGCAGAUGCUCCCUCUUCCUCUUCCCAGAUCCCUCCUCGCCCACUGAGGCGGCCCAGCCAUGACCGACGUGCCGCUGUGGUCCGUGCUCCCCAACGGGACCGAAGUCCCCCCUGCCCUGGGCUGGGCGGCGGGCAACGCGUCGGGCCCGGCCCCCAGGUGCUCCCUCACUAAGACGGGCUUCCAGUUCUACUACUUGCCCGCCGUGUACAUACUGGUGUUCGUCACGGGCUUUCUGGGCAAUAGCGUGGCCAUCUGGAUGUUCGUGUGCCACAUGAAGCCGUGGAGCGGCAUCUCCGUGUACAUGUUCAACCUGGCCCUGGCCGACUUCCUGUACGUACUCACGCUGCCCGCGCUCAUCUUUUACUACUUCAACAAGACCAACUGGGUCUUCGGCAAGACCAUGUGUAAGCUACAGCGCUUCAUCUUCCACGUGAACCUGUACGGCAGCAUCCUCUUCCUGGCCUGCAUCAGCGUGCACCGCUACACAGGUGUCGUCUACCCGCUCAAGUCCCUGGGCAGGCUCAAGAAGAAGAACGCCGUCUACAUCAGCGCGCUCGUGUGGGCCGUCGUGGUGGCCGCCAUCUCCCCCAUCCUCUUCUACUCCGGGACGGACCUCCGCGGGAACAAGACCACCUGCUACGAUACCACCACGGACGAGUACUUGCGCAGCUACUUAAUCUACAGCAUGUGCACCACGGUGGUCAUGUUCUGCGUUCCCUUCGUGCUCAUCCUGGGCUGCUACGGGCUCAUCGUGCGCGCCCUCAUCUACAACGACCUGGACAACUCGCCCCUCCGGAGGAAGUCCAUCUACCUGGUCAUCAUCGUGCUCACUGUCUUCGCGGUGUCCUACCUGCCCUUCCACGUCAUGAAAACGCUCAACCUGCGAGCUCGGCUGGACUUCCAGGGCCCGGGGAUGUGCGCCUUUAAUGACAGGGUCUACGCCACUUACCAGGUGACCAGGGGGCUAGCCAGCCUCAACAGCUGUGUCGACCCCAUUCUUUACUUCCUGGCCGGGGACACUUUCCGGAGGAGACUGUCCAGGGCGACCCGGAAAGCUUCCAGAAGAAGUGAGGCAAACUUGCAGUCUAAGAGCGAAGACAUGACCCUCAACAUAUUGUCCGAGUAUAAGCAGAAUGGAGACACGAGCCUCUGAAUUUCAGCACUCGCGGGCUGCUCUGGGGUCAUUUAAAAAAACAAAACACCGUGAAAAGCAAACAAGCUACAAAACCUAACCCAGAGAGAAAUGAUAAAUAGAGCCAGAAGCACUGGGAGGGAGGGAGGGUCUGGGCUAAAGUUCUGGAAAAAGAAUUCCUUUGGUGAAUUUCGAAAGACUUUUGACUUUUCUAAAGGGGAAGAGAGAAAGACAGACCCACAGACAGAAAGACAGAGGCAGGGAGAGAUAAAGCAUUGAUUUUUUUUUUUUUCAAAUUGGAUCAUUUCCCCUAAGGUUGGUUUAUUCAAACAGUAAUCUCCAUUAAAUACACUUAAUUUAUGCUAUUUCAAAAUUUUCCUCUCUCAAAUGUACUUGUAGGCAUAGGUACAAACACUCACAUUUCUAGUUGGGAUUUUCUUGUAUUCAUCAUUUCUCCAAGAUAUCUGACUGGCUUUGACUUUAGGUGGUGCACCUGCAGUCUUUAUUAUGAUUAUUUUGCUACUUUGCAAUUCAUAUUAGCACUCACUCUACUGAUUCUCCACAUCCUCUAAAUAUUUAGGAUUAGGUCAAAUCAGAAAGCAAUUCUCCAGUUCUUUAGGUAGCAAGUGAGGUGGCCCCUGGGGUUUGAAAGAAUCAAACAUUUUCUGUCACUUUCUGAGCAUGAAUUGCUGACUCUCUUCACUUGGACUCUGGCUAGACAGAAGUCGUUGAGGUGAAAAUCUUGAAAGGUGAUGAUUUUCUAAUUCUAAUUUUCAGAAAAAAAACUUUAUUAUAUCUCGGGUGCUAAAUACUUGAUGAUGGAAUUCAUUAAUUGUCUUGGAUAAAGUAACAAUUUUAAAUUAUGAUAGUAAAUGGGUUUUGUUUCCUAUGAAAUGUUAAUAUGUUUGAAAUCUCCUUAGGUAAACAUGCUGUUUAUUGGCAGUGUUGCUGUUUAAUACCAUAGGGGUUUGUUUGUUUUCCAGGAUGAGCGCAUCCACAUCUGCAAAAACAUCCCAAAACAAAACAAAACUCUGAACUGAUGACUUAUAGGGCAAACUGGCUAACGUUGAGUUCACAUGUUAAGGCAAAGUGUAGCUGGGUAUGGUUAGUAUUUGGGUGUGAUUGGCAGCUUUCCAAAAUCUACAUGCUCUAGAUAUUAAAAAAAAGAAUAGAAAUGAAGCCACAGGGGCUAAAGUUAAUUGUUGUCAUGUAGGGACCAGUACAAAAGUUCUGGGGAAAAGGACCUUUUUGAGUUAUUGUGAAAGAUGUUUGAAAGUAUUAUAACAGUAGUUGAACGUGCAUAAGUGAUAGAAAAAAAUCGUAAAGUUUACAAAUUUGGCUUAUAAAAUGACAAAGCAUGAUUUACUUUCACUAGUCCUUGUUUUUAAAACUGGGAGAUAAAAUACUGUAUUUAAAUACCUAAGAGCAUUGCUUGAUAGCAUGGCAAAGCAGGCUGAGUGAUUAAUUAUAGAAAUCUUUUUAAUUUUUUUUUAAGAAUUUAAAAAGAUGGGGGGCAGCUGGGUAGCUCAGUGGAUUGAGAGCUAGCCCUAGAGACGGGAGGUCCUAGGUUCAAAUCUGGCCUGAGCCACUUCCCAGCUGUGUGACCCUGGGCAAGUCACUUGACCCCCAUUGCCUAGCCCUUGCCACUCUUCUGCCUUGGAGCCAAUACACAGUAUUGACUCCAAGACGGAAGGUAAGGGUUUAAAAAAAAAAAGAAUUUAAAAAGAUGGCUAAUGGGGGAAAGGGUCAUUUAUAUAUUCCAGAUUUGCUCCUCUGGGCAUUAAUUGUCAAAUGCUUCAGAUUUCUCUAAUGAAGCUCAUUCUGUGUUUAAACACAUUUUUAAAUUACCACUCAAUCCCAUCCCUGUAUUUUUUUCACAAUAAUACAACUAUAUUAUACAAACUUAUUGAGAUGAAUAUACUCUACAUCCCCUACACAAUCACAAAGCUCCCAUUGUACUGAUGAGAUCAAUAUUAAGGAUGGUUUCAUUUUGUAAAGUGACUCUGCAGUUGACAAUUUUUUCUUUUUAAUUCAGAGACUCCAAGCAGGGAACUGCCAUGGUCACCAAUUAUAUUCUUUCAGAGUGGAAUUAGAUCUUGAAGUAAAUAUAUGGGACACAAAGUGACAGAUGAAUUAAUGCUAUAUUUGUCAUUAAAUAACUUUGUAGAGCUGGAAGGAUCCUUUGAGAUCAGCUAAUCCAAACCCCUUGACUUAGGGUGAGGAAACUCAGUCCCUGAAAGAUUGGUGAUAGUCUUGGUCUGUACAUCUGUAAAACCCUUGGGUGUGUCAUCUGUUAUCUGUCAUCAUGGAUCUGCAGUUUUACAUAGGGUUUUACAUGUUACAUGUUACAGUUUUACAUGACUUGUUUUAGUCACCAAAAUGCAUUUAGCAAAUCCAAUGCCAGUGAAAUGAUAGUAGACAGUGAUUGAUAUUUCAAACCUAAGUAGAACUUUGCUAAAGUAUUUUGUUGUAGCAAUUUGAGAGGUUAUUUCUAAAAUCAUUGGCAGGAGAAUAGAACACAAGAUACAAACCAUUUGACUAUUUACCUGAGUGAUGUUAUCUGUAGCAACAUUAAAUACAUGAAUGACAAAGAAAAAAGGGAACGUUUGUGCCUGACCCAAUAAGUGGUACCCCAAGUAUUCCACUUACUUUAGGGUCCUUUUUAGAUCCCAGGACAUCCAGGCCUAGGCAGCAGGUUGCUUUCCAUGCUAGCCUAACCCUAUGGAACAUGGACAUUCAGCAUUUCUUUCAGAUCCUAGAAAACUUUCAGAGUAUUUGUGAAACGAGUCUGGGGAGUUACAGAAUGACUUGAAGUGUCCUUGUACUAUUUGGACUGUUUCUUUCUAUUUCCUACUUUAUACCUCACAUAGGAGACUGUAAUUACUUACAUAAGGAAUCCUCAAAACCAUGCCAAAUGGAAACAAAGAUUGACUUGGCUCACUACUUCCAAGUAGCCACCACAGCCCACGGGGAUCUCUUCCUGCUAGUUGCAUCCAUCCAGCUUGAAAUCAACUGAGGAUCAAGUUGAAGUGGUAUCCCUUUGACUGCAGCAGGGCUCUCACCUCAUAAAGCCUGGAAAGACAUUUCAUGGGCCUGGAGGAUGUGUGUUCUUAAAUCUUGAGCAGGCACUAUGUUGGCAUUACUGAGACAUGUGAAUUUGUUAAUAUGCUCUCAUUUAUCAGUUCAUCAAAGUACUCAAAAGAGAUGAAAAGUGCAGAACCCAGAUGUUUCUUAGCACCUGAGCAGUCAUUACUGAAAGCCUGCCAAAUCGAUUUGCUCCUUGAUCUGAGUGGGUAAGAAAUUGAGAAGAUCUGGUGUGCGGGAGUCAGGAUUUCUAAGUUCAAAUCUUCAUGGGCCAAUCAGCUAGCCCCCUGGUGAGUUCAGAUUCCACAACUCAUCUUUUCCCCCAUUGUUAAAAUGGAAAUAGAACAACAACUCUGUCACCAGGGCAUUUAUGAUUCUGAAAAAUGCUAGAGACUCAUAAAAUAUGCCAUCCUUGUUUUCCAGAACCACUCAAUCCCAGGCAUUGGCUUAGCAUUCCUAUGUGGAUAUCAGCUGUGAUGUGGAAACAUGCCCAGGAAAUCUGUUGAAACUACUAACUUUCCUCUUAGAGGAGACUAAACUGUCUUUGGACACAAAAGAUGUCAUUAAUAAUAGGGACUGGAAUUGCACCAGCAGCAGCAGAGACUGAAAGUUUGAUACUAGAUGUCAAAUCUGACCCAUCCAUUAUGUCAUAAAGCUUAAGCUUGCUGGUCAUCGUAAAGACUAUUACCAGAUUAUUUAUUGAUGAAGCAACUGCAGUCCAUUAAUUGUACAGAUAGGAUUGAAAACUUUCCUUGGAAGAGCAUUUUUGAUCCAGAACAGUGAUGUAAAUUCUAUUUAUUAAAAUGUAUAUCCUCAGUAGAGCAGAGAGCUGUAUUUGAAAUCCAUAAUAUAUGUGGCAUGGUGAAAAUAAGAAGAGAGAUUUCACAGAUCUCUAUGCUUUUCCAAGUCAGUCUCUUAAAGAAUUGGGUCCUCUUUGAAUCAUUCUUUUUGUACAGAUUAUAAUAAUUGCUACAAGUCCACUUUGUGAAGCUACUUGUUCAAUUUUCCCCAACAAAGUACUUGCAUGUUUACCUUUUAAAAUUGGAUUUCUGAUUUUAUAUGUAAAGACUCAAUUUUGUGUCAAGCAAAUAGAGGAUCACACAGCAAAUAGAAAAUAUUUUAGUCUAACUGGGUCUGUAAGGUAUACAUUUUGUGAGAUUUUGCAGUCAAAUUUUUACUACCAUUGUAAAAAAAAAAAUGCAUGAAACCCAUUGGUGACCACUAUUUAAGAAAUGCAACAAAGUUGAUCUCUAUUCCAAGCACAUCCAAGUCAGUGUGCUUUACAAAACUGGUGGAGAGGCAUCAGAGACUCAGCCUUGGAGUUUAAAGGAGAGCUCUUAAAGGGAAAUGCAGAAAGAGAGGUGGGAGGAUGUGGCUGCUCCAUCCCCUGCUGCUCCAGUGAGCUCUGUUUACAUUUUCCCUAAAUGGCUUCUAGCCUGUAUCUCUUGGUCAAGUGAAAUAGCCUGGACUUGCUACUUUUCCCAGCAUUUCCGAGCAUUUCUGGGUGGCACUCUCACAUCUUAAGUAUCAUCCUAGCAGCUGUAGGCUUGCUGUUGCUUUUAUGCAUUUAUGUUCAAUUGCCCUGCUGGAGCCCUCGUUUUAGCUCCAGGCAUUUUCUAGAGUGAAAACUGUGUGACUUGGCUGCUGAGUUAUGUUACAACUUUAAAUUUCCUGUUAGAUACUUUAUGAUACAAAGUUUUGCCAAUUAACAUGAAGGGAAAGUGUUUGCAUUACAUGGUAAAUGUUCUGUGCAUUUCGAUUGCUGUAUUUCAGUGCUCCUGUGAAAAUGUUUAUUUUUAUAUUUUCUGUUAAUGUAAUAUUGUUGAUUAAACUAGGUUUAUUUGUGAUGAACAGUGCCAUUUUAUUUGCCUGUGGAAACCGUGUACUUGAAAUUUGAGGGCUUUCUCAGGUUCAGUUAAAAUAAUCAGACUACAAGAAAAAAAGACAAUGAAUUAAAUGCUCACCAUUUUCUCUAGAGCAUCAUUCAUUUGCAUGCUGGAUGUUUUUCCUGACCGCUUUUUAACAUAAUUCUUUUUUUAAUUAGUGGUGGUGUUAUUUCUUGGCACUCGAGUCCCUAACUAUUUUCCAGUGGUUACAGAAUUUCGAUGCAGCCAGGAGUUCUUGAUAUCAUAACUAAAAAGGCAUCUAAGCCUGAAGAUAACUCAAUAAAAUGAUGAAAAGA